CGUGAUAUCGAGACGCUCGUUGUCUUCUGCAGGCGUGUCUCCUAAUGUGAAAGUGUCCACCUCUAACGUAGCUGAAAACGCGCUCGUUUCUGAAACUGGAUCCCGCACGCAGCCGAUCAUUAUGGAGCGCUUAGAGUCAUGUGUGGCAGCGCUGCAGGACGAGAACGUUCUGAAACGAGCUGUUCAGGACGCUAAAGAAUACGCGAUCUCUCGCGGUGUAUGCAUGAAGUCGAAGUCGCGUGAGCCAGAUAGCUACACGUUCGUGCCGUUCUGCUUGCUGCCGUCGCCCUACCCACGCGAGGCCUUCCAACAAGUGAAGUCGUUGCAGGAGGAUAUCAACCUACUCAUCCACCGUGUGGCGCAUGACUACAGUUUUCUUCGUGAUUGCCUGCAAAGUACCAUUGAGACUGACGAGUUCACAGCUUCCAUUUUCAACAUCUACCAAAAGGUUUGGGAGGCUGAGUUCCCACAGCCAUUAAGCCUGGGCCUGCUGAGGAGUGACUACAUGCUUGACCUGAAAUCGGGUGACACCAAGGAACUGCACAAGGCCCGCCCCAAGCAGGUGGAGGUGAACACCAUUGCCUCCUCGUUCGGUGGGAUCACACCUCCACUUUGCAAGCUGCAGAAGUACAUAAUGAGGAACCUGGGUGUCGUAGCUACGGAAGCAGAGAUGCCAAAGUGCAGAACCGACAAGCUCCUUGGCAAAGGUCUGCUAGCAGGCUGGAAGGCUUACAAGAACGACAAGGCAGCCAUCCUGUUUGUGGUGGAAGAGGAAACGUACAACGUGUGCGACCAGCGCAACUUGGAGUAUGCCAUCCAUGAGAUGCAUGCAUCCGUCAAGGUGAUGCGACGGAAGUUCUCCGAAUUAUACAACUGCACCAUCGAGGAGGGAAAUCUCAUCGUUGAUGGUGUGGAAAUUGCUGUGGUGUACUACCGGACGGCCUAUGCUCCACAGCAAAUGAAUGCCCAGUGUUGGGACACGCGUCUCCGGAUAGAGCUGUCUCGCGCCAUCAAGUGCCCCUCGGUGCAGUACCAUUUGGCAGGCACCAAGAAGGUGCAGCAGGUGCUGGCACAACCAGAUGUCCUCGAACGCUUCUUCACCAACAAGGUGAUCGCCGACAGCAUACGUGCCACCUUCACGGGGCUCUACUCCCUCGACCUGACUCCAGAAGGGCACAAGGCAGCUGAGGAAGCCAUUGCAAACCCUCGCAACUACGUGCUGAAGCCACAGAGGGAAGGUGGAGGCAACAACGUGUAUGGUGAUGACGUGCGGAAUAAGCUGCAGGCACUGGGCCGCACAAAGGAGCGCGAAGGCUACAUUCUCAUGGACCUGAUCCAGCCACCCAUCACUACCAACUACAUUGUACGGCUGGGUGAUGAGGUCAGCAAGUGCAACGUCGUCAGCGAGCUUGGCAUCUUCGGUGUUAUCCUUGGGGACCAAUAUGAGCUCAUCGAGAACUACGAGGCUGGCCACAUUGUCCGUACAAAAAUGACUGGCAUGAGUGAAGGAGGCAUCUGUGCCGGUUUUGCCUCCCUGGACAGCGUCUUUCUAGUCUGAUUGAUGCAUAUUGCCUAGUAUGUUGCCACGAUAUGAUGUUCCACAUACGUUCCUAUAGCCAAUCUUUAGGUGAUAAUUAUGACGCAAUCUUUUUUUAUACAGAUGGAAUAUAUUUGUACUUUUGGAAAGAAAAUCGUUAUUUGAUUUUAUGCGAGCUCACAGGAAAUAAAAAGAAUUUACUAUUUGUU